GGCCAAAGUUUUAUAGGCCUCCUCUAGCUUAGUGAAACUAUAUAAAGAAGCAUGUAUCGCUUUUCCCAUUCACAUGCACAACAUCUUUUUUACGUACGUAGUCCCAUUCUCUUCCCAUAAAUAUCACAUUGUUCCCUUCUGAGCUUCUCAUUCUUGAUCUAGCUAAUUCUUUGAAAGAAGGGGAGGAAAAAAAUGGGGAAUCAGAAGCCACAAUCACAAAACAUAGUCAUAGAAAACAAACAAACUUCAGUGAAACUCAAAUACGUCAAACUAGGUUACCACUACUUAAUCUCCAAUUUUAUGUAUUUUUCUCUCAUUCCUCUCAUUUUAACCCUAGCCCAUCUGUCGCUGGAAGAUCUCGCUCAGCUCUUUCACCGCCUCGACCUCGGUCUGGUAUCCGGUACGCUCGUGUGCACCGCCCUGACCGUGUGCCUCGCCACGCUCUACUUCUCGUGGCGGCCGCGCGAAGUCUACCUCCUCGACUUCUCGUGCUUCAAGCCGGAGCCGGCGCUCAUGUGCUCGCGAGAGACGUUCAUGAGGCAGACGUCGCUCGCGGAGUUAUUCAACGACGAAACCCAAGCGUUUCACCGCAAGAUCAUCGAGAGGUCGGGGUACGGGCAGAGGACGUACGUGCCGAAGGCGGCGUUGGAGGACGUGCCGUCGGCGUCGAUGGGCAAGGCGAGGGAGGAGGUGGAGAUGGUGGUGUUCGGGGCCAUCGACGAGUUGUUGGCGAAAACCGGGGUGAAUGUCAAGGACAUUGGGAUCCUGGUGGUGAACUGCAGCUUGUUUAACCCUACGCCGUCGCUCUCCGCCAUGGUCGUCAACCGGUACAAGCUCAGGGGUAACAUUUUGAGCUAUAGCCUUGGCGGGAUGGGGUGCAGUGCUGGUUUAAUUUCCGUUGACCUAGCCAAACGUUUGUUACAGGAUCAACCCAACACGUAUGCCCUAGUGGUCAGCACAGAGAGCAUGACCCUAAACUGGUACGGCGGCAAAAACAAGUCCAUGCUGAUCACCAACUGCCUCUUCCGCCUCGGCUCCUCCGCGGUCCUCCUUACCAACAAGUGGACGGAGCGCCGCCGCUCAAAGUACCAGCUCAUGCACACCCUCCGCACCCACAAGGGCGCCGACGACAAGAGCUAUCGGUGCGUCAUGCAGCAGGAGGACGAAGACGGCAAGGUCGGCGUCGAGCUCUCGAGGGACCUCCUCACCGUCGCCGGCGAAGCCAUCAAGACCAACAUCACCAUGCUAGGCCCCCUGGUCCUCCCCGCAUCCGAGCAAAUCCUGUUCUUGGCCAACCUAGUAGGACGUAAAAUCUUCAAGAUGAAGAUCAAACAGUACGUCCCGGACUUCAAGCUCGCCUUCGAACACAUUUGUAUACACGCCGGCGGCCGCGCCGUGCUCGACGAGAUCGAAAAGAACUUGUCCUUAACAAAGUGGCACGUUGAACCUUCUAGAAUGACGCUUUACAGGUUUGGAAACACCUCCAGUAGCUCACUUUGGUAUGAGCUGGCUUACACCGAGGCCAAAGGGCGGGUCCGAAAGGGGGAUCGGGUUUGGCAAAUCGCAUUCGGGUCGGGUUUCAAGUGCAACAGUGGUGUUUGGCGUGCAUUGAGGAGAAUUAAUCCGGCAAAGGAGAAGAAUCCAUGGAUUGAUGAGAUUGAUGAGUUUCCUGUUGAUGUGCCUGAUAUUCAACCCGUUAUAGGGCACUAAAAAAAUAAUGUUGUUAUUAAUUAAUUAAAUACAUUUACUUGUGUCUUUUUUUUUUUUUUUAAUUGUAAGGCCCUUCUCUUAGUGAAGCUAUAGAAGUUGUUGGGAAGGGCUUGGUUUGAAGUACUAGUCAAAGCAUGCGUAUAUGUGUGCAUAUAUCUAUGAUCUAUCUAGCAGAACAAUAUUUAAUUAUGUUGUUUUUGUCAUAUUUAAUUAGAGUCAACAAUUGAAAAGCAUAAUAUAAGCUAUUUUAUUUAUUUUCUAAU